CAGCAGAAUAGAGCCAGGUGCGCGAAAUCCGUCCAACGACUGCAGUUCCGAGUUCUGACGGAGACUCCAAGGCCAUCGCCAUCCACCCGCUCUGAUCCGAGCCCGCCCUCUCCUCGUCUCCGUGCAGCUCAGCAGGAAGCGCCCCGCCUCUCCGAUCCCCGUCCCGCGGAUGGCCUCCUCCCUUUCCUCACCGGCGGCCUCCGCCGUUGCCGCCGCCCGGUCCAAGGUGUUUGGAGGAGGGAAGAAGGAUGGGAGGACCGGAUGCCGCGUCGGGAUCGCGAGGAAGAAUUUUGGCCGCGUUGUGAUGGCGCUUGCAGUAGACACAUCUCGCUUUGAAGGAGUGCCCAUGGCCCCUCCAGACCCUAUUCUUGGGGUUUCCGAAGCAUUCAGAGCAGAUACAAAUGAUCUGAAGCUGAACCUCGGGGUCGGUGCCUAUAGAACAGAAGAGCUGCAGCCGUCUGUACUCAAUGUAGUCAAGAAGGCUGAAAAUCUUAUGUUGGAGAAAGGAGAGAACAAGGAGUAUCUGCCUAUUGAAGGCUUAGCUGCAUUUAACAAAGCAACUGCAGAUCUGUUGCUUGGAGCUGAUAAUCCUGUCAUUAAGCAAGGACAGGUUGCUACUCUUCAGUCUCUCUCAGGGACUGGAUCACUACGCCUUGCUGCAGCAUUUAUACAAAGAUAUUUCCCAGACGCAAAAGUACUUAUAUCAUCUCCUACUUGGGGUAACCAUAAGAACAUAUUCAAUGAUGCUAGGGUACCUUGGUCAGAGUACCGGUACUAUGAUCCCAAGACUGUUGGGUUGGAUUUUGAGGGAAUGGUAGCUGACAUACAGGCUGCUCCAGAUGGUUCUUUUGUUUUGCUACAUGGCUGUGCUCACAAUCCAACUGGAAUAGACCCAACUCCUGAACAAUGGGAGAAACUUGCAGAUGUGAUUCAAGAGAAAAACCAUAUGCCUUUCUUUGAUGUUGCAUAUCAGGGUUUUGCUAGUGGAAGCCUUGAUGAAGAUGCAUUUUCUGUCAGGCUUUUUGUUGAGCGAGGCCUGGAAGUGUUUGUUGCGCAAUCUUACAGCAAGAACCUUGGUCUAUAUUCAGAAAGGGUCGGUGCAAUAAAUGUCAUCUGCUCAGCACCAGAAGUUGCAGAUAGGGUGAAGAGUCAGCUGAAGCGAUUGGCACGGCCCAUGUACUCAAAUCCACCUAUUCACGGUGCUAGGAUUGUUGCUAAUGUUGUUGGAGACCCUACCAUGUUCGGUGAAUGGAAGCAGGAGAUGGAACAAAUGGCAGGUCGGAUCAAGAAUGUUCGGCAGAAGCUUUACGAUAGCUUGUCUGCGAAGGACCAGAGUGGCAAGGACUGGUCUUUCAUUCUGAGCCAGAUCGGCAUGUUCUCCUACACAGGCUUGAACAGAAACCAGAGCGAUAAUAUGACCGACAAAUGGCACAUAUACAUGACCAAGGAUGGGAGAAUUUCGUUGGCAGGAUUGAACCUAGCGAAAUGCGAGUAUCUUGCUGACGCCAUCAUCGACUCCUUCCAUAAUGUCAACUAAAUUACAAUUCGGGCCAAGCUAUUGCACAAAUUAGCUCCUUCUAUAUAGUAUAUGCUGGGAUUUUUGGGUCCUUCCAGCUUGAGUUUUCAGUCAGGAUGCUGUGUCCGGUUUCCUGUAAUUCAGAGGCAAAACUCACCAGAUGCUUGCGUACAUGAAACUCUAGCAUGAUGCUUACACGCUUGUAGUACUAAUCAAUUAUAAUGGCAUCUGCAAUGUUCAAUUCCAUUGUGAAGAUUUGAGUUGCA